AUGGACAUGACGGCUGGAUUGGUUAACGCAACUCCACCCUUGCUGGCAGCGAGUUUUGACGGCCCAAAGACCGCAGCAACAGACAGAACACAGCAGGCAGACCACCCGAUCAGCGACAAGAGGCACCGAGAAGAGUUAGCAUUAUACCCAGAUGCCGCCGAUUCCACAAGCCCUGGGACGACGCGAGUGAUAUCCUAUGUCCAGACGUACUUCCCGGAUAAUGGAUCCUACGUCUCGCUGCUCCCGCUGUACACAAGCUCCAGCGGCAUAACGCACAUCAUCCUGGCUGCAUUCCACAUCAACGAGGAUGCAGAGAGCAUCACUCUGAACGACGACUCUCCGGACCAUACUCGCUACGGGCCCCUCUGGGAAGAGGUGCGGGUGCUCCAGGGCGCGGGAAUCAAGGUGAUGGGGAUGCUCGGGGGAGCUGCAAGGGGGAGCUUCAGGCGGCUGGACGGAGAUUCAUUCAUAGAAUACUACGCUCCUCUCCGCGAGCUGAUCAGAAUGCGCCAGCUCGAUGGCCUUGACCUGGACGUGGAGGAAGAGAUGUCUCUCGAGGGGAUCAUCCGGCUCAUCGACGCCCUCAAGUCAGACUUCGGCAACAGCUUUAUAAUUACCCUGGCGCCCGUUGCGUCGGCCAUGGUACGGGGUCUACAGCAUCUCUCUGGCUUCAACUACUUUCACCUGGAGGAGCAGAGAGGCUCCAAGAUAUCCUGGUACAACACUCAGUUUUACAACGGCUGGGGCGGGAUUCAAGACGUAACCGCCUACGAAACUAUCAUGUCGAACGGGUGGCCGAGCGAGAAGAUCGUUGCCGGAGUCUUGACCAACCCUCGGAACGGCACUCAGGGCUACGUUCCCGUGGAGCUUCUGAAUCUUGUUUUUGCGACGUUGUGUCAGAGGCAUCCAUCGUUCGGUGGCGUCUCCGGGUGGGAGUACUUCAACGCCCUUCCCGGAGGGGAGGAGAAGCCCUGGCAAUGGGCAGCUAUCAUGUCCUUUAUCUUUGGAAUGAAAUAUCUUUAUGACACUGCCGUCGUUGGAGCUUUCUUGAUGGCAGUGAAUAAUGGCCCGCAUAGAAAUUGAUGACCAUUCUAGACCCGACGACCCCGAAGACCUGUGUAGAUUUGCGCUCACAAACGAUGGAAGGAGAGAAGGAAAAGGGGGAGAUGUUAAAAAAAAAAAAAAAAAAAGGAGAACUGUCUUAACGUACGAUCCUCAGUGGAGUAGGAGUGCAUAUAAAAAUUAUGUUCAGCCUGAAACUGUGCUGUCUCUGUUUACGCCCUGACGUAAUAGUUAACCAGCUUUUUGCCUGCUGCCUGCGACAUCGCAUAUAACUUUUUCAUGAAGCAAGAACCAUUCAUGACACAAGGACUCGACUGUUUGCCAUUGAACACGCCCUGACAGCUCCGUCGAGCCGAUAACUAGUCGCUGGUCGAUGAGUUUGCAGACAUGCGACGGUAUCAGGAAGUGCUUGCAACCGUCUGCUCGACGCUCAUCCGGUUCCUGGGUUACAUCUUCCUACGCUGGGUAUCUCGCCCUUUUCCCACCACCUCGAUCGAGGGGGCC